AUGAAUCAAAAAAUUUGUCUUUUUUCAAUUAUCUUUGGAAAUAUUUUUGUUUCUUUGAUGGGAUUACCAACAAUUGGAACAUUACAAUCUGCUGGUGUUAAAGGAAAAUUUUUAUGUAAUGGUGCUCCAUAUUUUAAUGCAAAAGUUAAACUUUAUGAUGUUGAUACACUUGAUUUGGAUGAUUUGAUGGCUACAGGUGCUUCUGGACAUGAUGGUUUGUUCAAACUUAUAGGUAAUGAAACAGAAAUUACAACUAUUGAUCCAAAAUUAAAUGUAUAUCAUAAUUGUAAUGAUGAAGCUAUUGAAUGUCUUCGUAAGUUUUCAAUAACAAUUCCACAAGACUAUGUUACCAAAGAAUCAGGUACUCCUGAAAAAAUAUUUGAUAUUGGUAUUAUUAAUUUAUCUGCCGUAAUGCCUGGAGAAACAAGAGAUUGUAUCAAUUAA